UCUGACGUCCUCCUCUCGGGCCUUUAAAGGAGUGGGUCGCUGCGCAGGAGAGACUCGACUUUGGAGCUGUCACUUUGCGGGGAGGGAGAAAGCCGCUCCGCUCCGGCAGGCGACAGCGCGGACGCCACUGUGGCCGGCCACUGCGUAGGGACGGGGUCGGAUCAGCGCUGUGUCCCAGCAUCCUAGGCAGCCGGAGUUGCGUUGGUCACUCUCGCCUGGCGGUGAACCUUAGGCGUCCCCGCGCCUUCCCCUGCACACGCAUACCAAGGACCAUGAGGUGCGCCCGCGGUCGCCGGUAGAGCACAGAGCCAUCUCCCGGGCUCAGGUGCCUAGUGAUUUUUCUCCCAGCCCGGAAAGGCGCCUCUGGGAAUCCGCACCUGCAACUUGUUUGGUUUCCUCUCCCGCAGCGUGUGCAGCGGCAGCAUCAAAGUUUCUCUGCCUUCCUCGGGAAUCCGCCGUUUGGAUCGGUCCUUCCCGCGCGGUCUCCCCAGGCCUGCGGGUGAGCGGAUCGCCGGGCGCUCGGGUGAGAGGCGCGGCACGGGCGGCGUGGUCGUGGCGAGCUCGGGGAAGGAGCUGCGGCCGGGGAUUCCCCGGCUGACCCUUUGGGGUGCGACGGAGCUGGGUGAGCGCAAGAAGAGGAGCUACAAGGUUCAGGGACGCCCGUGCCCUCACAGUGGAUGUUAAUCACCUUGCUGAUUGCUUCUCAAUUGGGAACUAGUGGAGAGCGCAGCGCGGGGCAGGCGCGCUCUGCGGGACCUGGGCUCCGCGGCAGGGAUCAGUGCAGCUGUGGCUGCGGAGGCACCGAGGGAGGACGCCGCGGUGCUCGCCGGAGCCUGAAGGGUUAUGGAAGCAUCCUUCAUUACAAAAGGCUGAAGUCAUGGGUCAGUGAGGGCACAGAGACAAGACAGCAAGGGACUUGCGUUGUCAUGCUCUGAAUGCACCCUCAAGCUCUAUGAACAAGGUCUUCUGUGUUGGAAAUCAGGACUCUGCUCCCAGUGGAAGGAAAAGCAGGGGGAUGUAGUUGAUUUAAAGGACGAUGUGCUGCAAACUGCUUCUCCUCUCGCUGGACAGAUCAGCCUUGAGUGAAAUUUGACAGAAGAUGUUCCCGCAGCUCGCUCUAUGGAAGUGUUUACCCCAUGGGAUCAUCAUUGCCUCGCUCUUGGCAGUCAGCUGGGGCCAGUAUGAUGAUGACUGGCAAUAUGAGGAUUGCAAACUGGCUAGGGGAGGCCCACCAGCUACCAUCGUGGCCAUUGAUGAAGAGAGUCGGAAUGGUACAAUUCUGGUGGACAACAUGUUGAUUAAGGGGACUGCUGGAGGACCAGACCCCACCAUAGAGCUCUCUCUAAAGGACAACGUGGACUACUGGGUGUUGUUGGACCCUGUUAAACAGAUGCUUUUCCUGAACAGUACCGGAAGAGUUCUGGAUAGAGACCCACCCAUGAACAUCCACUCCAUCGUGGUGCAAGUCCAGUGUGUCAACAAGAAGGUUGGCACAGUGAUCUAUCACGAAGUGCGCAUUGUGGUGCGGGACAGGAAUGACAACUCACCCACAUUCAAGCACGAAAGCUACUAUGCCACCGUGAAUGAGCUCACUCCAGUUGGCACCACAAUAUUCACAGGAUUUUCAGGAGACAAUGGAGCUACAGACAUUGAUGAUGGCCCCAAUGGACAGAUAGAGUACGUCAUUCAGUACAACCCAGAAGAUCCGACAUCCAACGACACCUUUGAAAUCCCACUCAUGUUGACGGGAAAUGUGGUGCUGAGGAAACGACUCAACUAUGAGGAUAAGACUCGCUACUACGUCAUCAUCCAGGCUAACGACCGUGCACAAAAUCUGAAUGAGAGGCGAACAACCACUACCACCCUCACGGUGGACAUUCUAGAUGGAGAUGACCUGGGACCAAUGUUUCUGCCCUGUGUUCUUGUGCCAAACACCCGUGACUGCCGUCCCCUCACCUACCAAGCUGCCAUUCCAGAACUGAGGACUCCGGAAGAACUGAACCCCAUUUUGGUGACCCCACCUAUCCAAGCCAUUGAUCAGGACCGAAACAUCCAACCUCCAUCAGAUCGACCUGGCAUCCUCUACUCCAUCCUUGUCGGCACCCCCGAGGAUUACCCUCGCUUCUUCCACAUGCACCCCAGGACUGCGGAGCUAACUCUUCUGGAGCCAGUCAACAGAGACUUCCACCAGAAAUUUGAUUUGGUUAUUAAGGCUGAGCAGGACAAUGGCCACCCACUUCCUGCCUUUGCUAGUCUACACAUCGAAAUACUGGAUGAAAAUAAUCAGAGCCCAUAUUUCACAAUGCCCAGCUAUCAAGGGUACAUCCUGGAAUCUGCCCCAGUGGGAGCCACCAUUUCUGAGAGCCUAAACUUAACCACUCCUCUGAGAAUUGUAGCUCUGGACAAAGACAUAGAAGACACAAAAGAUCCAGAGCUCCACCUUUUCCUGAAUGACUACACCUCAGUCUUCACUGUUACACCCACCGGCAUCACCCGCUACCUAACGCUACUUCAGCCUGUGGACAGGGAGGAACAACAAACAUAUACCUUUCUGAUAACAGCAUUUGAUGGUGUACAAGAAAGUGAACCAGUUGUGGUCAAUAUCCGAGUGAUGGAUGCAAAUGAUAACACACCAACCUUCCCGGAAAUCUCCUAUGAUGUCUAUGUUUACACAGACAUGAGUCCUGGGGAUAGUGUCAUUCAGCUGACUGCAGUAGAUGCUGAUGAAGGCUCUAAUGGAGAGAUCUCCUAUGAAAUUCUGGUGGGCGCCCAAGGAGACUUCAUAAUCAAUAGGACCACCGGGCUGGUGAGCAUUGCCCCAGGAGUGGAGCUGGUCGUGGGACGGACGUAUGCACUUACAGUGCAGGCCUCGGACAACGCCCCACCUGCAGAGAGAAGGCACUCCAUCUGCACUGUGUACAUCGAGGUGCUCCCUCCCAACAACCAGAGCCCUCCCCGCUUCCCACAGCUGAUGUACAGUCUGGAAGUCAGUGAAGCCAUGAGGAUUGGUGCUGUUUUGUUAAAUCUACAGGCAACUGAUCGAGAGGGAGACCCGAUCACAUAUGCCAUCGAGAACGGAGACCCUCAGCGAGUUUUCAAUCUUUCAGAAACCACGGGGAUUCUCACUCUAGGGAAGGCGCUAGACAGGGAGAGCACCGACCGCUACAUCCUCAUCGUCACUGCCUCAGACGGAAGGCCAGAUGGGACCUCCACUGCCACUGUGAACGUGGUGGUGACAGACGUCAAUGACAAUGCUCCUGUGUUCGAUCCCUAUCUGCCCAGGAAUCUCUCCGUGCUGGAGGAAGAGGCCAAUGCCUUCGUGGGUCAAGUGAGGGCAACAGACCCAGAUGCUGGGAUAAACGGCCAAGUGCACUACAGUCUGGGGAACUUCAACAACCUCUUCCGCAUCACGUCCAAUGGGAGCAUUUACACAGCCGUGAAGCUGAACAGGGAAGUCAGGGACCACUAUGAACUGGUUGUCGUGGCAACGGAUGGAGCCGUGCACCCACGGCAUUCAACUCUGACACUGUACAUCAAGGUGUUGGACAUUGACGAUAACAGUCCUGUUUUUACCAAUUCAACGUACACAGUUGUUGUUGAGGAGAAUCUGCCAGCCGGGACCACCUUCCUUCAAAUAGAGGCCAAGGAUGUUGAUCUUGGAGCAAAUGUGUCGUAUCGGAUCAGAAGCCCUGAAGUGAAGCACCUUUUUGCACUGCAUCCAUUUACUGGAGAACUGUCCCUUUUGAGGAGUUUGGAUUAUGAGGCCUUUCCUGACCAGGAAGCAAGCAUCACCUUCUUGGUGGAGGCCUUUGAUAUUUAUGGGACAAUGCCACCUGGUAUAGCAACAGUCACAGUAAUUGUGAAGGACAUGAAUGAUUACCCUCCAGUAUUUAGCAAACGCAUCUACAAGGGGAUGGUGGCUCCAGAUGCUGUCAAGGGGACACCAAUCACCACUGUUUAUGCUGAAGAUGCAGACCCUCCUGGUUUGCCUGCAAGUCGGGUGAGGUAUAGAGUGGAUGAUGUGCAGUUUCCAUACCCUGCCAGUAUUUUUGAUGUAGAAGAAGAUUCUGGAAGAGUAAUAACUCGUGUCAAUCUUAAUGAGGAGCCUACAACAAUUUUUAAGCUGGUGGUUGUGGCUUUUGAUGAUGGCGAGCCUGUGAUGUCUAGUAGUGCCACCGUGAGAAUUCUCGUCUUACAUCCUGGAGAGAUCCCACGCUUCACCCAAGAGGAAUAUAGACCUCCUCCUGUAAGUGAGCUUGCCACCAGAGGGACUGUAGUUGGUGUCAUUUCUGCUGCCGCUAUCAAUCAGAGCAUCGUCUACUCCAUCGUGGCAGGAAAUGAGGAAGAUAAGUUUGGAAUCAACAAUGUCACAGGUGUUAUCUAUGUGAACUCACCAUUGGACUACGAGACAAGGACCAGCUAUGUCCUUCGGGUGCAAGCAGAUUCUCUGGAAGUGGUCCUCGCCAAUCUCCGAGUUCCUUCAAAAAGUAAUACAGCUAAAGUGUACAUUGAGAUUCAGGAUGAAAACGAUCACCCCCCAGUGUUUCAGAAGAAAUUCUACGUUGGCGGUGUGUCUGAAGAUGCAAGGAUGUUUGCGUCUGUGCUCAGAGUGAAGGCUACCGACAGGGACACAGGAAACUAUAGUGCCAUGGCCUACAGGCUCAUCAUACCACCCAUUAAAGAGGGCAAAGAGGGGUUUGUGGUGGAAACAUACACAGGACUCAUCAAGACAGCCAUGCUCUUCCACAACAUGAGGAGAUCCUACUUCAAAUUUCAAGUGAUUGCAACUGACGACUACGGGAAGGGGUUGAGUGGGAAAGCUGACGUGCUGGUAUCGGUGGUCAAUCAGCUGGAUAUGCAGGUCAUUGUCUCCAAUGUACCACCUACGUUAGUGGAGAAGAAGAUAGAAGACCUCACAGAGAUUUUGGAUCGCUAUGUUCAGGAGCAGAUUCCUGGUGCCAAGGUUGUGGUAGAGUCUAUAGGUGCCCGUCGCCAUGGAGAUGCCUUCUCCCUAGAAGACUACAGCAAGUGCGACCUGACUGUCUAUGCCAUUGACCCCCAGACCAACAGAGCCAUCGACAGAAAUGAGCUUUUUAAAUUCCUGGACGGCAAACUGCUUGAUAUCAAUAAAGACUUCCAGCCUUAUUAUGGGGAAGGAGGCCGCAUUCUGGAGAUCCGGACUCCUGAGGCCGUGACGAGCAUCAAGAAGCGAGGAGAAAGCUUAGGGUACACAGAAGGAGCCUUGCUGGCCUUGGCCUUCAUCAUCAUCCUCUGCUGCAUCCCAGCCAUCUUGGUUGUCUUAGUGAGCUACCGACAACGCCAGGCUGAGUGCACCAAGACAGCAAGAAUCCAGUCUGCCAUGCCUGCUGCCAAGCCUGCAGCCCCUGUACCUGCCGCACCCCCACCGCCACCACCCCCAGGGGCACAUCUCUAUGAGGAGCUGGGAGAGAGCGCCAUGGGAGGCUUUGCACCAGAGCAUCAACUGUUGAGACCUUCUCUUCUUAAACCGGAGGAUUUAUCCAUGGAAUCUGGGAUUGAUCCUGGCCAGGAAUAUGGACAAGAUUAUUACAGUUAUGAGCAUGGGUAUGAAAUGCCCCAGUAUGGAAGUCGCCGCCGACUGCUCCCACCUGCUGGACAGGAGGAGUAUGGUGAGGUGAUGGCAGAAGCUGAGGAGGAAUAUGAAGAGGAAGAGUGGGCAAGAAGAAGAAUGAUCAAGUUAGUGGUCGAUCGAGAGUAUGAAAGCAGUUCCGCUGGAGAAGACAGUGCUCCUGAGUGUCAGAGAAGCUGUCCUCACAAGCCCGGUGGGCACAGCCAUGUCAACGGCAACAUCUACAUCGCACAGAAUGGCUCUGUGGUGAGAACACGCCGUGCCUGCCUCGCUGAUAACUUGAAGGUCCCCUCCCCUGUGCAGCUGGGGAGGCAUUUGAAGAAGUUAGACAAGUUGGCAGUGACCCGUGAGGAGAAUGUGCCCCUGAACACGCUGUUCAAGGGGCCGUUUUCCGCGGAGAAAGUGAAAAGAACACCAACUCUGGUCACAUUUGCCCCGUGCCCUGUGGUGGCUGAGCACUCGGCAGGGACGCCAUCGGGGACUGAAAAAUACAGGCUGAAAAAUACAGCUGCGCAGGAGUCCACGGUAGACAGUAGGCUCUCCGGAGAGGCGAUGGAAUUCCACGGUGACAAUACACCAUCAGAUGAGGAGGAGCUCUGGAUGGGCCCAUGGAACAGCCUCCAUAUACCAAUGACAAAACUCUGACCAAUAAAAAAAUAAUAACUUGGUUUUUACUUGUUUUUAAUGAACUGUGCUUUUUAUUGUCACAAAAAUCAACAUAUGGGGUUUAUAACACGUGCACAAGCUAACAUUUUGAACAAUCUGCUUUACACUAAAAGAGAGAGAGAGAGAUGACAUUUGUACCAAUUAAUUGUUAGCCCCAGAAAACCUUUAUGGACAGAUUCAAUUUGCUCAAUAACAUAUCACUUAGAAGUUCAGCUAUUUGUUGGAUCCUGAAUUAGUUUUCAUUGUAAUAAACAAGUAGUAAACAGUAAAAAAAUCAUUUAAAUUUGGGUUAACAUAGAUUGUACUCCAUUUCUAGAUUUUCAGCACACAUAAUUUUAUUUUCUAUGGGAUGAGGGAUUUUUAUAGGUAUGAGAUUUAUACAGAUACUGUCUGUACAGAGCUGACUUUAUAAAUGAAAAAAAAAUUGGACCUGCAAAGCAACAGGACAUGUGGGAGUCACUUGUAAGCUAUUUUUAAUCCUGAAGUUACUUUACUUAUUAACCACAAUGAAAUUUUAAAGGUUUUGAAGGAAUAUUUUUUGGCCUUAGGAAGAACACUUGAGGUCAAAGCUUUAAAGUUAAAUAAAUAAUAAAGUUAAAUAAAUAAAUAUAAUAACUUGCUGUUUUCCAUGGUGCACACCCACAGGUGUCUGCACACACUCUAUCCAUUCCAAAUGUAGCAAAUAAUUUAACCACUUGAAAUUCAAAAUAACUAUUUGGAGCAACAUCUAAACCUCACUCUCAGCUAAAGCUUACUGAGGAGUAGAGAAGAUCAAAUAGGCAAUAAUGCUUCUAGAACCCAGGUUUAGUGGAUGACAUGGCAAGGCAGAGAAGUCUCAAUGUGACUAGACAUGACUCUUUUAUAAACCCAGCAUAGAAGGAUGUGUCAGGGCGAUGAAUGUAUACAAUGUAUGAAAUGCCUAUACAGACUUGAAUUCCAGCAUAGAAGGAUGAGUCAGGGUCAUGGAUAUAUACAAUGCAGCCUAAAUAGACUGCAGCUCCACAGCUUCAUUGCACUGGUGCAUUUAACUUCUCCCAGCUCUGGUUUAUUUAUAGGUAAUUUUAAUGCAUGUAUUUAUGUGCUAUGGUCCAGAGCCAGAAAAAUGAUUGUUUUUUAUCUGCAUAUCUGUCUUAUCAAAGAACACAGUCUUCACUUCCCACCUCUGAACAAAGCACAGUGUCUUACCAAUAAUAGAAGCUGAACAAAAUGUCCUUUAAAAAUCACCUUGUGUGUUGCAUAUUCUGCAACUAUAUAAAGGGAUUCAGAAUUUUAUUGAGUAUGUCUUAAUGUGAUAUAGUUCACUUCAAAUUUUCCACUGUAUUGACCAAGUUCAUAUUUCAAUUAAAUUCUCUCAGACAUGCUUAUUAUGUGGUUGAAGAACCAAAUAGUGCAUUAUUAUUUAUUGCCCUUAUAUGAUUCACAUUUUUAAAAGUUUUUAAGAUAUUUUUUUCAUAUUUACAAGAUAAAGGAAUUAUAUUCACAAACUUGCCUAUAUCUGUGACUAGUAUGUCUUUAUUUCAGAUUUCUGAACAUAUUUGGAAUCAUGUCCUAACAUCUCAUGUUAUUGGGAAUUAAUUCCUUUUUGUACCCUUAGAAAACCCAUCAGCAUUAAUUGUAAUAUUAGAAGUACAGAGUCAUGCACACACUUGCAGGCUUAGCAACAAGAAUGUACAUUUUCACAAUAUCUAAGAUGGUUUGUAUGCAUAUUGAAGUUUGUGAAGCAAUGAUGUACUGUAGGUCUUAUUCAUUCAAGCACCAAAGCAAUUGUCUGAGACAUCAAGUAUUUUGCAUAACUCUCAAAUUAAACAUGCAUAUUUCUCUGUUAGCUCAGUUAUUGAUCACUGACUAUAAUUUAGUAUUUUCAUGACAUUCCAUGGUAGUGUUUACUAGCCUCCCUUGGUAUUCUUUGUGCAUACAGCUUUGUGUAUUUUUUUUCUACCUUUAGCUUCUGGCUGUAAAACUUAUUCGUUGAUGUUUCUUUCACAUUCUUUUUCUUAUUUUGGGCCACAGUUUCUUAUACCUUAGUAGGGAAGUUUGUAAUGUUUUAUGUUUUGGUUAUUGCUAUUGAAAAGAUAAUAAACUUGAGAUGGGGGUGAGAGAUGAGCAUUUCAGAAAAAGCUGUAUAGCUCUCAGAAAAUUUCUGUGACCACUUUUAUGAACUAUGAGCAUAAUUCUGAAGAUAGCUUUUUGGCUCAAGACUAAUGUCCUAAUAUGAUGGAAAAUAUUGUAUUUCCAAGAUAACGUUUUUUAAGACAAUAUGCAGCUAUUAAAACCCAGAGGGCAUGCCUAUUUCA